AUGAAUAGAAGUAUUUUAAAAGUAUUUAGCCCAUUGACGACAAUAUUUAGAUCUAAAGGGUAUAAACAUCCAGGAGGAACACGUUACCCUGGUGGUAUUAUGUAUUAUCCAAGAGAUCCAAAUCACCAAGACCCUGAGUACACACCUACAAAAUUGUUUAGAGUUGAACAGAUUAAAACGACUAAAUUUCGUCCUUGGUGGGAAAAAAAAGUUUUGGAACAACUUAAAUUAAAUGCUUUGAACCAAGUGGCUAUUGUCAAAAAUGUUCCUGAAAUGAAUGCAAGAUUGUGGAGGGUAAAACAUUUGAUAAAAGUAACCCCUAUAACAUUUCCUUAUGGCGAACCAACUGCGGAAGAUAUAAAGCACACAGUUUUAAGAGAAAAUGGCCAAUGUAUAGUGACAAAAACUUUGAAGCCUCAAGAGGAACAAAUUACUGCAUUAGAACAAUUUGAUAAGGACCCCAAAAAAAUGGAUUCACAUACUAUCAAAAGAGAUGCUAGACUAAAAUGGAAUAAUGCAUAUACCGGUGGUUAUUUAAAUUAG